AUGCACAUGAUUGUCAUGGAUAGUAGUUGCCGCAUGUUUGUUGAUGUGUAUAGCAAUACAACGACUCCCCCCCGAGCGCUAGUGUGCACUGUCCCCUCGAUGGCUCAGUUUGCGGCAGUGAAGCCUAGUUUUCCAGCAACCAAUUUUUCUUCACCUUCUACUUCGCUCGCAGUUGUAUCUGCUGAACUUGCCGCUAUUCAUCAAUGGAUUCAAGAGUCAGCCUAUCCGCUUACAUUAGAGGAAGAAGACAAGCGUCUGUUAGAUUUGCAGGCACAGUCUAAGUUGUGUGAGCCCAAGAUUAUAUCGUUCCCGACACGUGAUGGCAAGGAAACACUUUACGGAGCUAUUUACUUGCCCGAUUCAACGAUCCAUGGAAGCGGACCGUAUCCAACAAUUGUGAGUGUGUAUGGAGGCCCUCAUGUCCAACGGGUUUCGCGCAUGUGGGCGAUGACCGUGGAUAUGCGAGCACAGCGAUUCCGUGAUAUGGGAUAUGUGGUGCUUAAAGUUGAUAAUCGUGGUAGCUUUCGACGUGGAUCAGCUUUUGAGGGCGCUAUUAAGCACUGCAUGGGCACAAUAGAAAUUUCAGACCAGCAGGAAGGCGUUCGCAAACUUGUAGAAGACGGAAUCGCAAUUCAAGGACGCGUGGGCAUUUAUGGCUGGAGCUAUGGUGGCUACAUGGCGGCAAUUUGUCUCAUGAAGGCGCCAGAAACUUUCAAGCUCGCAAUAGCCGGUGCUCCGGUUACAAGUUGGGACGGCUAUGAUACGUGCUACACAGAGCGCUACAUGUCUACACCGCAGCUAAAUCCUGCGGGUUAUAGGGAAGGCAGUGUCAUGGAGGCGGUUGGAAACAUGCAGAAUAGGCAAAAACUCAUGCUAAUUCAUGGUUUAAUCGACGAAAAUGUACACUUUCGCCACACCGCUCGCCUUAUCACGGCGCUCAUUAAUGAACGUAAGCACUAUGACUUGCUGCUCUUUCCUUGUGAACGUCACUCGCCUCGCCACCUAGAAGACCGAAUUUACAUGGAGCAGCGUAUCGCAGAGUAUGUCGAAACAAAUCUGUAA